AUGUUCCGAUCACUUCUCUCGCGCGGUGGCCUUAUCCGCAACGACAGCUACAUCUUCCCGACCGUCGACCCGACAGAAGAUGGUCCGGACUGUAAGAGGGAUUGCGCCGACUGCACUGUGCAAUUUCCCUCCAAAGUGAAGGUCGAAACCUCCAAACCGCUAUACGGCCAUAUCAAGGAAUUUCACACUCAUGUUCUAGUCGCAACGGGGAAAUCGGACUGGACCGAGAAGGUCGAAAAUGAGAAGGGUUCUUUAAUGCAGGCCUUUGACGAAUCCGCACAUCUCUCCAAACAUGGCGUAUGUCUACCCCGGAACUUGUCCUCUCUGAAAGUCCCUGCUAAUCGCAACGAGCGCUUCAUGAUCUCCGCCUCAAACCUGACACCCCCAGAGACCGACGAUGAGACAAACCAAGGAACCACAGUACUACUCUUGCCAUCGUUCACCUUUAUUGAUGCCGUCAAACAAAGCGAUGUCAACGAAGUGAUCACUCGGUUUAUGGACGCGCCAUUGUCCCAGAAUGGCGCCAUCCCCGCUAAUCCAGAGUCCAAAUUGAACCCCCGGCCAUGCGAGUACGACUACGUGGUGUUGCUCUGCUCCCACAAACGACGCGAUGCUCGCUGUGGAAUCACUGCCCCGUUAAUCAAGAAAGAAUUGGAGCGUCACUUACGGCCUCUGGGACUCUACCGCGAUGCGAACGAUGAGCGCCCCGGUGGUGUGGGGAUUUUCUUUGUUUCCCAUGUGGGCGGUCAUAAGUUCUCUGCAAAUGUUCUGAUCUAUCGGAAGGAGCAGCAGCAGAUGAUCUGGCUGGCUAGAAUCAGGCCUGAACAUUGCGAGGGACUUGUCAAAUACACACUACUAGAGGGCAAAGUGGUACAUCCUGAGACGCAGUUGCGUGGAGGAUUUGAUAGGGCUCGGGGGUUGACGAGCUGGUAG